AUGCCAGGCUUUACGUGUUGCGUGCCGGGCUGCUACAACAACUCGCACCGGGACAAGGCUCUCCAUUUCUACACGUUUCCCAAGGACGCUGAGCUGCGGCGCCUCUGGCUCAAGAACGUGUCUCGCGCUGGCGUCAGUGGAUGCUUCUCCACCUUCCAGCCCACCACGGGUCACCGUCUCUGCAGCGUCCACUUCCAGGGCGGCCGCAAGACCUACACGGUACGCGUCCCCACCAUCUUCCCGCUGCGCGGCGUUAACGAGCGCAAAGUAGCACGCAGACCCGCGGGGGCCGCAGCCGCCCGCCGCAGGCAGCAGCAGCAGCAACAACAGCAGCAGCAACAGCAGCAGCAGCAGCAGCAGCAGCAGCAUCCACCGCCGUCAGCUGCCCAGACCGCCCAGCUGCAGCCGAACCUGGUGUCUGCUUCUGCGGCUGUGCUCCUCACUCUUCAGGCGGCUGUGGACAGCAGCCAGGCUCCUGGAUCCGUGCAGCAGGCAUCCACUGCUCCCACCGGUGAUGAUGUGAAGCCCAUCGAUCUGACGGUGCAAGUGGAGUUCGCGGCCGCAGAGGGCGCAGCCGCCGCAGCUGCCGCGUCCGAGCUAGAAGCUGCCACCGCCGGGCUGGAGGCUGCCGAGUGCGCUAUGGGCCCCCAGUUGGUGGUCGUGGGGGAAGAGGGCUUCCCUGAUACUGGCUCCGACCACUCGUACUCGUUGUCGUCAGGCACCACGGAGGAGGAGCUCCUGCGCAAGCUGAACGAGCAGCGGGACAUCCUGGCGCUGAUGGAGGUGAAGAUGAAGGAGAUGAAGGGCAGCAUCCGCCACCUGCGUCUCACCGAGGCCAAACUGCGCGAAGAGCUCCGAGAGAAGGAUCGGCUGCUGGCCAUGUCUGUCAUCCGCAAGAAGCACGGGAUGUGA